AUGUCUGCGUUGCAGCAAUAUCUGGACGAAAGCGUACUCGUCAUCACGCAGGACGGACGGUGCAUUAUCGGGACACUGCGUGGCUCGGAUGCGGUGGGCAGUCUGAUUCUGGCCAACUGCAUCGAGAGGAUCUUCAGUGCGGACCAAGGCGUGGAAGAGCUUUCGUUGGGGCUGUACAUUUUGAGAGGCGAUAGUAUCUGUUUGGUGGGGCUUGUGGAUCAGGAUAAGGAGAAACGCACGGAUUGGACCAAGGUCAUGGCCGAACCUGUGGCCGAAACUAGGCAUGUAUGA